CAGUGCCUCGCCAAUGCCAGCCGAUGUCUCGCUGGCUCAAUCUUGGCUUGCAUGAUGUACAGAUUUACUCCAGACAAAAUUGCCCCUUUUCUAUCGUUUAGCGAGUCUAAUGAAUUUCAAAGUGUGGUUUUGGUAGAAAAGUCUUGCCUUGCUGGCAUUCCCCCUCAGUGUUUCUUUCUUUCUUUCUUCGUAAAAGCCUUCAGCGGCAGCCUGUUCCGAGUCGCGUGGCCCUUCCUACAUUCCUUUUUUUACCCUCAUUCCUCCCCUCAAUCUAUCAAGGACCGCCGCAGAGGACGAGUUUUUCAUCUAUUAAAUGGAGGCUCUGGGGCGGCGUGUCGUCGUAGACAGCUUAACCUCUGAAAAAUAUUUGCGAGUAGCAUCUAUCUCAGUUGCAUUUUACGAUUAUGUUCUUACACUCCCCGCAGAAUGGCGCUUUUACCGAAGCCAAUCGUCAAUCUUUCAUAUAAGUCUUGCCUGCACCUUAUUCAUUCUUAUACGCUAUAUCAGUAUCAUGGCUAUAGUAAUUAGCAAUUACGGAUUCUUCUCCACCGCCUAUACCCUACAAACAUGUCAACAAUACUAUCUUGUGGCGCCUGCAUUCAAAGCCAUACAAACAAUGAUAUCACAGGCCAUCCUAGGUGUCAGAGCAUUCAAUAUUGCAAGAAGAGAUAGGCGGAUAGGAAUUGUACUAUUGCUGCUAUACCUCCUGUCGGUUUCAGCGGAGUGGUUCUCCGAUAUGUUUCACCGGACUCCUGUUGUUGAUGAUGGAAACUGCACCUCGGGAGAUGCUGGCAAAGUAUUGUCAACCUGGUUCUAUUACCUCGCUGUGUUGGUGUAUGACAUUGUCAUAGUGACAAUUUCUACCAUGCAUCUUCUGCGUUAUAAUCCCCUCAGUAGCAGAGUUGAACAGCUAAUACGGGUCCUGAUCUAUGACGGCAUCGGAUAUUUCAUCGUGUUGUCCGCGGCGAACGUAUUGAAUCUCAUACUUUAUCAUACAACUAAUAUCGAUACUCAGUCGGCAGGGGCAUCAAUAGGUUAUGCUUUAACGUGGAUCAUGAGCCAACGGAUUCUCAUCAAUAUACGAGAGCCACAUACUCAACACUUGGAAAACGUGAUCGUCGCGCGUCCCACACUCACUGCGCAGAAAAAAGUGAUGUCCGGUCUCCGCUCCCAGUUCGAGUCCAAGAGCCACUCCAAAGGCUCUAACGGCUCCAAAAACCCCGUCGAUGCAGAGCUCAGGGCAAAAUCGCCUCGCAAUUCCAACGACAUGGAACUCGGUAUACGCGUACGCGUCGAGCGCUCGGUGAUGGUAGAUUACAGGGAGCAAUCUGAGCAAUCUAGCUCAUGGGUAAAAUGAAUCUGAGGCACUGGCGCCUAACAAGAAGGAAAGACUAUUUGCUACGGGAUAAUACCCAAUAUACGAUAUUAACGUGUAUAUAUCCACCCGGUGCUACUAUAAUCUCAGUCCCCAUUCACAACAAAAAUGCGC